AUUGAUCAUUUGAUGGGAUGAAAUUAAUAGUUUAUUAUGUGCACAUCGCACUUGCUAAUUCUGAAAAUUACUUUCCACAGCCUAAAGUAAUUUAUAAUGUUAUUAUUGUUUACCUGGUAGAAUGUAACUAUGCAAAAGGCAAGUGGAUAGGAGAUGAGAAGCGGCCACUCUACUCCGGUUAUGAGUGCAAGCGAUGGCUGCCAAAAAAAUACAAUUGCGACGCGAUGGGUCGGACAGAUUUAUCGUUCGAGGGCUACAGGUGGCAGCCAUAUGGUUGUAAGAUGCCGGAGUUUUCAGGGCCGAACUUUUUGAAUAGGAUGAGACACAAAACUCUAGCUUUUGUGGGUGAUUCGCUUGGUAGACAGCAGUUUCUGUCUAUGAUGUGCAUUGCUACAGGCGGUAAACGCCCUAAGGUUGAAAAGGUUGGGCGGAAAUAUGGUCUUGCCAAAGUUCCACAUGCUCCAAAAGGUCACACCUUGGCUUAUCGAUUUCCAGGAACUAACACCACUGUUCUUUUCUAUUGGUCUGCUAGUCUAUGUGAAUUGGAGCCAUUGACGAACACGACAAGUUUGUCGACAAGCUACGCACUGCAUCUUGAUCGUCCAGCAAGAUUCUUGAAGAAGUAUCUCCAUAGUUUUGAUACCCUUGUUCUCAACACUGGCCAUCACUGGAACAAAGUGAAAUUCAGCCAAAAUAACUGGGAGUUGUAUGCUGAUGGCAAGCCUCUAGUAAAAGGUACGCUGCCGGAAGACCUCAGCCCAUUCAGGAACCUUAAGCUGCACAACAUCGUAAGAUGGCUGGAUUCAGAACUCAUACAUCGUCCUCAUAUGAAAGUUUUCCUGAGAACAAAGUCACCAAGCCAUUUCCUACAUGGCGACUGGAACACUGGGGGUAGCUGUAAUAGUACCACCCCGUUGUCUAGUGGAAGCGAGGUCUUCGGGGACCAUUCAGGUGACCUACCUGCGGAGCAUGCAGUAACUGGAACUCGGGUUAAGCUUUUGGAUAUUACUUCUAUCUCACAACUACGAAGCGAAGCCCAUGUCGCAGAUCAUACUUUGAACUCACAAAGUGUCAAAUACGAUUGCUCGCACUGGUGCCUACCUGGUAUCCCAGACACGUGGAAUGAAAUCCUCUUUGCACAGAUUUAGGUUCUCAGCCACCGUUUACCAUGCCUAGGCCUGUGUAUGCCACGGUUUUUUACAAGUGUGUUGCUCCCAUGUCAUAGACACAAUAUUUUGUCAUUUUUUUCACACUUGUGGCUUCGGUUUAAUUUUCCACACUUCUAUGACAAGCCUCAGUGCCUAAGCUUUGUUGCCGUAAAA